AUGCGCAGCCAUGGCAUCAGCACAUUUGACCCUGUGCUCACUCUGAACCCGCGGACGGGUGAACAGAGAACACUAACGGUACACAAUCUUUCGGGAUUUCUUGAGCGCCAGGACAUUGCACACAAGCUGGCGUGCCAGAUUAUUCCCUCAGUAUGGGGUCCCUUCUCAGACGAGGAAAGCCCAAAGAUGAACUAUCAAGCAGAGAAACGGCUCGUUCAGCGACUAGAGCGAGGGUUGUACGUGCUUUUCCACAUGGCCGAUAUUGCUCGUGACACAUACAAAACAAAACAAAAGAUAAACCCUCUAGUUCCGGACGUUACUGGGCGCCUAUUGGUGCUUACUAGGAUGCUGGAAGAGUACCACGACAUCCCGCGAAACAAGCGUCGCCUAACGUCCUUCCAAGAGUAUGCCAGCCACGCUUAUACAGUCUUAAAGUGGGGCUAUAGAGAAGUAGAUAUCGGCAGGAGGCGGCUCAAAUUCAGAGGUUACCUUGAUGAGCAGACAGAGAUCGAUUUCCACGCCACACUUCGAAUGCUGCGGGAGCUUAUAGAGGGAAUGCUUCUCCGACAUGGCCCCAAAGAGUGGCAUCGGGAUGCGAGGAAUGAAUACAGCGUGAUCUCAUGGUUUCUGCUGAAGCAAUCACCACAGUCCCUAGCAAAACUCCUCCUGAGCCCUCAGGAUGAGUGCUGUGGUCUGGAGGAGAAAGCUUCUGAUUCCGAUGUAAGAAAAUGUCAAUUCUCAGACCCACUCGAUAGUUACUGGCAAGCCUGGAAGAAUGUCCCAAAACUGGGCUGUCUGACUUGUGACUGCAAGCGACGAGUGAGGAGCUGGAGUGUGAAACCAGCAUUGAUUGAUGAACGAGGCCGACAAGACGUCCUUGCGACGCUGCAAACAACAAGGCCUCUCUUCUCAUCGUAUCUACGCAUCAGGUCUCUCGCUAAAUCCCCAUCCAAUCCCGAACUUCAGCAAGCACGCUCGGAACUAGAGACGACGCUGACCGAACUCACUGCGGACUUGGAUGAUCUCGUCGAGAGUGUCCGUGCAAUCGAACAAGAUCCAUACCGGUAUGGCUUGGAGCUGGAAGAGGUUCAGCGCCGGCGAAAGCUGGUGGAAGAUGUCGGUGGAGAGAUUGAGCAAAUGAGAGAGGAGUUGCAAAAAGCCGUUACUAGUUCUGCGACAACUAGCAGUGCUAGAUCGGGUGCGCCCACUGGCAAUUCGUCUUCGGGGCUACCCAAUCCAUCAGACUUUGACAAUGUCCUCUCCCCUUCGGCGGAUGAUAGAGGGGAUGAUUACUAUGCCGCUCUCGAACAGCAACGGCAGGUGGAACUGAUGCACGAGCAAGACGAACAGUUAGAUGGCGUCUUCCGCACCGUUGGCAACUUGCGACAACAGGCUGACGAUAUGGGGAGGGAGCUAGAGGAGCAAGCAGUCAUGAUAGGAGAGGUUGAUACAUUGGCCGACCGAGUAGGGGGCAAGUUACAGAGUGGAGUGUCAAAGAUUAAAUAUAUCGUGAGAAAGAACGAAGAUACAAUGUCCUCGUUUUGCAUCGCCGUUCUCAUUUUCGUGCUUGUCCUAUUAUUAAUCCUGGUCAUCGCCCUGUAA